AAGCCAUGUCCAGUACACGCGAGUAAAGGAGAACGAUGUGAUUGUAACUCCCGAUCCGAUGCAGCGCGAAAAAAAACCUGUUACUGUAUGUACACGUGAAUAGAGACUGAAUCUGUGUCAGCGUGUUGGGAGGUACUGCAUGUUUUCCUAAUCUGUCUCUAGUGUUUCCUCUCCUGGGAGUUCUCUCUCGGGCCCGACUACCCUGUUGUGAUUGCUGCAUUCGGACGAAACUGAUUCACUUUCCUUGGAAAUUCCCAACUUCUCACAGAGCGAGAAAAAAGUCCCAGUCGAGGCGAGACGUGUAGAUCGGCAAUGCUUGCUCCUGCCGACCCUGCUGAAGAGAAUGUUACAGCUGCCGUGUGAAUGCAGGAAAUUCUCAUCAGCCCGGCGAGGUGGGGGUUAAAACCUCCCUUUUCUACUCGGCAGCGAGGGCCGCGUCCACGCCGACCUGGAAGCUGGCAAAGGCAGGGAACAAGGACGCCAAACGCCCGCGUCAGAGUUGGCUGUCUCACUGGGAAAUGCACGCUGAAGACUUGUGACACAGAGACGAAGCUGCGGUUCCCUCAGAAGAAACAUUAGAGAAAAGGAAGUAACAAGGAUUUUCAAGAUGUUCGGUAGAGGACGACCCAUCUUUGUGUGGACACUAUUCUCACUGGUCUUUGUCCUUGGCCAAAAGGUGACCGAGGGACAAAACAUAAACAGCUUAAAGUGUUACACCGACUAUAUGAACAAGAUCGACUGCCAGUGGAUGGAAGACACAACAGCAAACCAUUCCAUCCCAAUGGACCUAUACUAUCAGAGACUUUCAAUUCUGUGCAAGCCCUGCCUGUUUUUGUGCAACAAGACGGAGACAUCCAGGGGAAUCUCUGGCACUGUGGGCCACUGCAGCAUAAAGGAAAAGUAUUUUGGUAUCGGAAUUGAAUAUAUUUUCACUUUUAAACCGAAGAAACCUGUAGACCUCAAAAAAUCCUUCCAAUUGAUGGAAAACAUCAAGCUGCAACCUCCGUACAAUCUGACUGUUGCUGACACGCUGUCAGGGGACUACCUACUGUCCUGGGAAACAAUUUAUGCUGGGGAUUCCUCCAGUAUACGCUUGGGAAUGUUACAGUAUGAAGUCAGCUACAAGCGGACUUGGGAGUCCUGGGAGAAUUCAGUGAGCGAAACCAUCGCAGGGGACAACAGUCAACUUGAAAUCAAGAGCACAGCCCUGAUCUCUGACGAUACCUACAUUGCUCGCGUACGGGUGAGGCAGCUAGACUCCAACUAUGGAGGCCGCUGGAGUGUGUGGAGCUCGCCUGUCCAAUGGGAUGUGAUGAGAACUGAGGUGGAGCCUCAAGCAGAGGAAGCCAAGAUAAUGCCACGAAAUCUGCAGUGUUCCUACGACGGGAUCCAGCAGAUUGAAUGCACUUGGGAGGUGUUGAAGGAGUCCAGUAAAUAUUUCGCCUUCAGUCUCCACUACGGAAAGGCCAACGAGACGCAGGAAUGCCAGCCAUCCGAGAUAGUCCGCACUUACCCACACCUCACGGUUCAUCGUUGUAACAUAGCUGUGCCUAACCAGGAGGGCUUGGAGAAAUACGAGGUGUUCCUGAAGCUCAAAGAGCAAUCGAUGAGAUACAAGCCUUAUAAAAACAUUAAACCAAUCGCCCCUUUCAAUUUGAAGUCAAAGGAGUUGGCUGACGGGAGAUUUCAGCUGGAAUGGAACACCACCACCAAUCUGUACAAGUUAAACUACGAGAUCAACUACAAGAAGGAGGAUGCAUCUUGGGAGGAUUCCAAGGUGAGGAAGAUUCCCCAGCACACUGGGUCAUUCAUCCUGCCAAAACACUCCCUGGAACCGUCCAGCGGGUACGUAGUUCGAAUGCGAGCAAAGGUGUACUGCAACCCAAAUGAAGGUGACUGCUACGAGGGACCCUGGAGUGAUUGGAGUUCGACUGUGCAGCUCAGCACUGGCCCAGAUAAGGAAAUCCCCAUUAUUGUGGCCUGCAGCCUGAUAGCACUUUUCUUCAUCAUUGCUCCCGUCGUCUUCCUGCAGGUGAAAAGGAAGAAGAGGUUGUGGUUGGAAAGCAUUCCGGACCCUGCCAAGAGUAAACUCUUCCACUUGGGAACACAGCCAAGCCCAUUGAGACCUCCGGCAGCCAUAGAGCCGGUGACUUUGGAAGAAGGCAGCAUCUGCAAACUGGUGGCCGCGGAAUCGACCACUGUCUCUACUCAGGUUAUCCCAAGGAUAAAAGCUGAAUACCCCGCGAAGGAGGAGAAACAGGACCAUUCUUCUUCCCCCGUGAUAAGCCGGAGCGGCAAGCAAGAGGAAGGGUACCGGGGUUUAUCACCAGAGACGGGAACAUCUUUGACUACUGGAGCAGACUACCCUGAGCCCCAGGUGUCACAGAGUGAGCCAGCAAACUACAAUGGCCCCUAUUUGUUCAAUUGUCAAGAUAUUUCUUCCUUCCUGACCGUUCUUACGGAAAUAAAGACAGCGACCAGCAAAAAUGCGAACUAUUUCAGGCGAGGGCCGGACGCUCCCGGCUACGUGAAGCUCCCCUCGGAAGGGGCAGCAGCAACAGAUCAGAGUGGUGCCAAGCCGACCCCGUCUGUGCCUUCCAAUGCUUACGUCCUGAAUCCUCCCGCGGUGUCAAAGGCGCCAGGUUAUUAUCUCCACACGGACGCGGGGGCACUGUCCGGUGAGAAACCAGUCCAGCCGCCGCACGACUCCGGUUCCAGCUACGUCACGUUUUCCUCGCCCGCCGACUCUGCCCGCGCGCCUGUGCUGGACGCUGCCGCCAGUGACCUUCAGGUGAAAGGCACGGGCGUCUCCCGGCCAGUUUCAGGCGCGGCCAGCCUGCAGGUCACCUCGUCCAGUCAUGGGCCAGAGUGCAAGGAUUCAACGUGGGAGGGUAAAAGCACCCAGGACGCAAGCCUGGCCUCACAGGACCAUCCCACGGCCGCACCCUGGCCAGCAACUUGUAGUGGCUACGUGCUGAGUCCUCCGGGGGAAGAGAGUCACGUGAAAAUGGCCCCCACACUCCCCACAGCCACCGAGCUCAAAGUCCAAAGCCUCCUGGCUGAUUCUCACCUGGGGCUGGGGUACCACCCUUCGACUCAAACUAUGGAUAUCAGCCACUCUCCAGAAGGACAUUCCUUGCCCAAGCACCAAAUGGACUGUCAGAAGCUGCUGGGCAAGGAGCAAGGGCAGCCCCCUCUCACCGACACGGAGAACAGUGAGACCCCAGAGGUCAUUCUUUACCAGCAAGGAGCCAAACCCAUUCACUUCCAACAAAUCGGAGAUUAUUGCUUCCUUCAGACCAAUGGAAUCACAAAAGUCAACUUCCCACCAUCUCCCACAAACCAGAAACGUGCCAACGGAUGUUGGGACUUCCGGAGGAAAGUGUCACCUCAUCAACCCCAGCAGAUCCCAUCAACCCCAGCAGAUGCUGUCAACCCUGUCAGAGCUCCCUCGUAUUCCUGAUCACACAGUCAACUGUGCAACCUUAAUUAAAUAGUUCAGUGAGCCACGAGAGGGGCGACUGUGUGUGAAGCUUGUUAACUAGCCCCUCUCUCAAGUUUGAACUCAAAUGGUUUUGGGGUUAGGAUUUUAGGAACAGGGAUGGGGUUCGAUAACGGUCAAGGGCAAUAAAUAAUGAUUCUAGGCAGGAAUUGGAGGUCAGGAUGGGGUGCUCUGCGGCCGAACAUCAGCGAACCCGGAGGUUGAGUUGGCCAGCGCUGAGGAGACCAGGUCAGUGAAAGUUGGUCUCAGGCCGCAGGGCCCAAGUGUCGAGUCCUGGGUGUAGCCCGGACUCACGAGGGUGUGACCCACCCAGGUCAAUGGGGUCGGUGGUCCGUGCGAGUCCAGAAGUCGAGACCCAGAGGUCAAACUUGUGAUUGAUAAGUCCUGGGGUGAAGUCCAAAGUUGGGGGCUUGAUGCCUGCAAGUCUGAGAUUCGGGGGCAAAGGACUAGGGGCCCAGAUACGGCUUGUCCUGGAGCUGAAGGCCUGCCAG